AUGCUCCCUGGUGCGGCGGCCUCUGCUCCCGGCACUCCUCGCGCUGCUCCUGGCUCUCCUGCGCCUCGGGCUGCUGGUGGCUCCACGACGGUUGACGGUGGUGGCGACCCACUCCAACUCCCUGGAGCUGACCCGUGGGCCAAGAGGCCACGGACAACGGACGGUGGUGGCGAGCGCGGGGCUGCCGUCGUGGACCCCAUGGACGCGGCGCAGGCGGCCAUCUCGGCCUCCCAGGACUUCCUCACGAAGCAGCUGGACGCCAAGCUGGCUACUGUCAAGGCAGAGGUCAUCGCGAACUUCGGCGAGCAGCUCGAGGGCCCGUUGGCGGCGGUCGUGGCCCAACAAGCCUCCCAGAACGCUCAGUUCAGGGGCGACGUCGGCGAGCUCCAGACCUCGGCGCAGCGCCUCGAGGAGUCGAACAAGCAGAUUCGAGAGCAGCUCGCGGACAUGCGCAAGCAGCUCCACAUGCAGGAGGCCCAGAUCCCCAUCAAAGACUACGAGGGCCAGCUGGAGUGGGACCGCGACGCCGACACCAGCAUCAUUGUGGGCACCGCUGCCGAGAACUUCACCGCUGAAAAAUUCAAGGAGAGCAUCCAGCCCAUCAUGGACAGAUGUGAGCUGGAACCUGAUCAAUGGUCUAUCCAAGGGAAGAGUCCUGCACGCCGAUUCGUGGUCCAGUUCUCGGGUCAGGCCAGUGCGGCCGCGCGCAAAGUCCGCGCCUUCUACGCCAAGCUCAAGCAAGUGGACGGCUCCUGGCUCCAGACGGAGGUGGCCAACGUCCACGGGCAGACCUCGCGGCUCUACCUCGGCCUGGACCGCUCGGCGAAAUCGGCACGGUGUGAGUUCGAAUCCAAGAAGCUCGCGCAGUUCGGUCGUGAGCACGCCCCUGACAAACGUUGGCGUGCAGAUCGCCAGCAAGGUGCCAUCUACUGCAACAACAUGCCCGUGGUCUCGGUGGUGGUCGGUGCCAUUCGAGAGACUCCUUCGCGCUUGCUCUUCAACUACGACGGGUGCUCUACUCACUCCAUCAACAGGGACGCCAUCAAGCAGAGCUUCGAAGAGUUCUCAGGACCACCUUGGAGGGGAGAGAGGUUCAUACAGCGCCUGCUCAUCAAGACGAUGACGGAGUCUGAGGCGGCCCAAGGCGCACUCCCGAACAUGGCGGUCAUUUCCAAUGUUCACAACUUCAGGCUGACGGCGCAGGAGGUUGACAAGGUCACGCGCUCCAUCCGCGCCGAGGUGAUCACCGCCUCGCAGCAGCCUGAGCGCAUCACGAUCCUCGUCAUGGGUGACUUCAACUUCAUGGAUGAGGCCCCUCUGGAGAUGAAGGCGCCACUGGUCAACAAAGGCCGGCCACGAUUGCGCCGACACAACCCUGAACACCAGCUCGCCUGGGAGUCGGUGCUGACGAACAUGACGGAGGUGGACCCUGAAAUUCCUACACACUACACGGAGCAGUCACAGCAGUGCACGCGGAUUGACAAGAUUUACAUCAGCACCCCGCCAUGGAUGCUAUUGCAGUGGUGCGCACGAGCAGAUGUCCCGCUGGCCCCUGAAGUUCUUUAUGACCGAGGCAUUUCUGACCACGCCCCUGCCCACCUGCGCUUUGCCCACCGGCAACAGGAGGAGAACGGACAGCUCCAGCCCAUCCCAAAGUACAUCUUCGAGCACCCUCUCUUCGAGCACUACCUGGGCAUCCUGAUGGCAUCCCCGCCCUGGCAGUCCUACGUUCUAAAGCUCAAGGCCAUUGAAGUCCUGCACGACAACUCCAAGACGCCCAACCCUGAUGAGAUGAUUGCGGAGCUGCAGAAGCAAUGGGCGCCAGCGUUCCAGCCGAAGUCGAGCCGCACCCAGCACGUCGUCCGCUACCUGAAGAAGCACGCCCAGAAGUUCGAUUGUUCCGACAUGGACAUCCCCACGAUUGGCAAAAUGAAGCACCUCAUCGGACAUCUGAACAACUCAGCUCCUGGUCCUGACGGCCUCUUGUACAUGGUCUGGAAGAAGACCCCCAUGGCAGCGCAACACUGGAAGGAGCCGCCCCUCGCCUUGCACCUGAGGGGGGCGGCCACGGGGUACAAGGACCAGCCUCGCCCCGACCCGCUGAUGAAGACGCUCCUGUGCAGGGCGCUGGCGCUCGCCAGCUCGAAGGAGGACGCCCAGCUGCGCCUCCUCCUGCACGCCUGGCUGCUCCAGGCGGCGCACGGCGCGGGGCCGAGCCCCGAGGAGGCGGCCAGCCUCGCCGCUGGCUCGCUGACGGGGGCGCUGCAGCUGGAGGUGCGGGGCCUCUGCGGCGCCGUCCACGGCCUGGGCCGGGGCCCGGAGCUCGUCGGCUGGGGCGCGGCCAAGCUGGAGGCCACCCAAGAGGUGCUGCGCAUGCACAUGUGCCGGGCCUUGAGACUGCUCGGCGUGGAGGCUGCCGCAGCCGCCCCCGCGGCGGCCACGCAGGCGGGCAUCUGCGGCGGCCGGCCGAGGCUGUCGUACCGCAGCCUCUCGCUGCCGGUGGAGCCCUGGGUGCUCGCCAGCAUCGCGGGUGCCUCUUCGGACCGCUCCGCCGCUUCGAGGGGGAUCUGGGCCCACUCCCAGGACCGCUUGGGCGAGAUCUCGUCAGGCGGGCCCCCGGUUUCGACGGACUGGUGCCCCGUGGGCACGGCGGUGAAGGCCACCCUAGACGCCAGUGUGCGCAGGUGGGUCAGGACGUUUUCUAGGGUGUUCGGAAUGAAGUUAUUGAGCGGUUCCAUCUUGACCGUGAACAGCUUUUGGAACAAUGACGCUGGUAACGCUUGCUGCUGCCUGCUGCGCAGGAGGAAUGUGUUCAGCAAGUCCAAGAUCGGCUGCGCAGCACCUCGCGCGCCGCAGAGCUUCGAGGGUUGCGCGGCGUCGUCCGCGCAGCGCUCCUCGCCCCGCCCGAGCCGCCUUGUCGUCGCAGCCGCAGUCGCGGCUGGGAAGGUCCACGAGGAGGCCGAGCGGCGCAAGGCGGAGUCCGCCCUGGCGCCCAUGGGGCCGCCGUUCGCGCAGGCGUGGGUCGCGCUCGUCAGAGCCAUCGGCCAGUCUCAGGAAUGCGCGGGGGCCGCCGCCGUGCGGAUCGUGGGGCGCUGGCGCCUGCUGGUCUGGAAUCGCCGCUGCUGCGCCGGGGCCUACGCGUCGCGCGAGGCAAGGCGGCGCGUGGCCGAGCAGCAGAACGCGAGGUCCUGCUUCCACGCCUGGAGCAGCGGCGCCCGCCCACGGCGGCCCGGCGACCGGGGAGGUGCCUCUGCUCCACCGGCGUUCCCCGACGCCCGCUGCCGCAUCAUCGUCGUGAGCUUCUCGGCGGCGACCUCGCCCGUCAGCGCGGCCUUGACCGGGCUGCGCCGCGUCGACGACGCGCUCCCGCCUGCGCACGACGAGGCCAGGAGCGCAGCGCUCUCCGGGCGGUCGGCGGCCCGGGUCGGCGAGGGGUGGGGUGGACGGCGUGGAGAGGCGCAGAUCGGUGAGCUUCCUCUCGUCCCGCCUGACGACAUGGGGAAGCAUGUGGCGGUGCGUGGCUACGUGUCUUGUCCUCAUGACGGUUGUCGCUACAAGUGGAAUUGGAAGCGGCACGCGACAUGCUGGCAGUGCGAAGGGGCGGCAGCCACGGCGGCCACCCUCGGCGACGGCAGUGCCAACCCGUUCGCUCCCUCGACCGACCAGCUGUUCGAGGCUUUGCUGCGUCGCGCCCCGCAGCAUGGCGAGCGCUUGGCGGCGCUCAAGAAGGAGUUCGAGGACGCUCCGCCGCCAGCUGCCGCCGCCCCAGUCAAGCCCAGCCUCGAGCGUGACAGAGAGGCACAGCGGCUGGCAGUGGCUGCUCGCAAGGCCGAUGAAUCUCUUGCGAAGGCGAUCGCUCACGAACAGGAGUGCACCGACUGGCUGGCACGGGCUCGGGCGGCAGUGGAGCAGGCUGCGCAAGAUGCAGCCGACGCCAGGCUGGCCCAUGAGCAGCAGUUGGAGCAAGACCUCCAGCGCCUCAAGAGUCGAGAAGGUGCUGCACGUGUCGCCGCUGCCGCCGAUCCCAAGCCCAAGCUCAACCUGUCCAGCUUUCUCGACGAGGGCGACGAGCUUGGGCAACUGUUCGAGUUCGAGGACGGCGAGGCCUUCGACUUCGCCGAUUUGGACCUGGCCAAGGAAGACAUCGAGGCUUGGCAGAAGCACAAGAUUUCGUUGGCACAGGAGAUCAAGCAGGCGAUCAGUGCGGCGAUUGGCCCAGCAGCUGCUCAACUGGGUGCUCGCAGACAACAGUUCAAGGAGUUCAAGGCGAGGCAGCUGCUGAAGGUAAAGAUCGUGGUGAGGAGCAGCCUGCAGGUGGAGACCAGCCUGCUGCCCCUGCCGCAGGCGAUGGCGGCGGCAAGCGAGGCGCCCCCGAAGGCGAAGGCGUCCCAGGAGCGAGUGCAGCGGGUUCUGGCAGAAGCCAGGGGCAACCCGCCCUCGUCGGCGACCUACGCCGACGCUGCCGUGGCUCCACAAAAGUGCGGGUAG